GCUCUUACAGGAUGGUGCGGGAGAGGGGUUGCUGCAGAUGCCCUGCUUCUUGCCAGCAGAGACCCUCAGGCCACGGGGACAGAAAGAGGGAGGUCUGGAAAUCACACACUGGAAAUCUCAGACCUUUGUUGCAAAGCCUGCCUUGUUGCAUACUGCUGCUGCUCCUUCUGCUGCUGAUUCUGCAGUCACCCUUUCUGCCAUCAGAUGGUGGGAAGUAUGAAUUACUCUGCAAGCAUGGGAGUAACAGAAGGAAGAGACCCAGUCCACAGAGGAACGCCAUAAUGAUAUCAAUCAACCAGGAAGUCGAGCUGGAUCUCAGCAAGAGGAUGAACAAUCAAUACAUUCGUCGGGAAGUCUUCUGCUGUGAAACCUGUCAUGAGCUCAAAAGCUUCUGGGAGAAGGAAAUUAGCAAACAGACCUGUUACCGGGAACUGGAGGAAGAUCGUCAGGGAAGGAGUGCCCUGAGAAAGCUCAGAGAAGAAUGGAAGCAGAGACUGGAGAAGAGGCUGAGGAUGUUGGACAAUCCUGAUGGAAAGGAAAAGCAGGAAAACACUGUGGGCUGAGAGCUUCCGGCUUCAUCCACUUCAAAGAUAACAAACCACCAAGGGCACUUUUCUAGGAGAAAAACUAACACCCAAGUUAUGUUGACUUACUCAGCAGGACACUCUUUAUUUGCUCUCCCAUUUGUGAAGGGAUUUACAUGUGAAACCUCCCCUAGUGCUAAUGGGACUCUUUAUCCAUCUCAAUCCUCCCUGUCACAGAGGACAGGAUGACCGCCAAUGGGAUAUGAAGCUUGGGGUAUCUAAUAUAAAAAUCUCUUGGAAUUAGCACUUCCAAGUUUCAAAGAUCCACGUAAUGUACUUUAUUUCCACAUUUUCUUCUCAUUUUGAAAUCUGAAUAUUUUAUUCAAGCUUACCAGGGGCAAUUACUGUUUGGGAACCUGGCUUCCCUAAGUAUUCUGCAAAAACAGAGUCAUACAAUCUUUUUUCCUGUCCCCACCCCGCCCCCCUUUUUUAAAUGAAGACAGAAAUGCUACUACUAACAGAAAGAAAGCUAAAGAAAUUAUUCUUAUAAAAAGAAUAAUUUUUAACAUUAUGAUUUGAAAAUGAACUGAACUAAAUUAUUUUCUCCUCAUACAAAUUUUUAUA